AUGGCUGCAGCUACGGUAGCGAUCCAGCUGGGUCUGCUUCACAUGCGCCUGCUGCAAGCGUGGCUCAAUGCGUUUCACCUCAAUGCCAGACGCGACAAACACCGCAGGUUGACUGUGUCUCGCACAUGCUCGGCGGCCCUACGCUGGUGGAGGGUUCCCUCUCACCUGUGCAAGGGUGUGAAAAUGGGAGUAAUAUUGAAUCGCCAAGUGGUGACAACAGAUGCCUCCAGCCAGGGCUGGGGAGCAGUCUGGCAGGGCAAGGGAGUCAGUGGAUCUUGGCCGGACCGCUGGGCAUCCCUGCAUGUGAACAUCCUGGAAUUGUGGGUGGUGUUCCUGGCUCUCCAGCACUUCCUUCCAGUGUUGAGCAGUGCGCAUGUGCUGAUCCGAACGGACAGCACAACAGUAGUGGCAUAUAUCAACCACCAGGGAGGCCUUCGGUCUCCGUGGUUACAUUGCAUAGCCUUCAGGCUAUUGAUAUGGGCCCAAGCCAACCUGCUGUCCCUGCGAGCGACGCACAUUCCGGGAGUGGUGAACUUAGCAGCGGAUCUCCUCUCCAGGAGAGGUCCGCAUCCAUCAGAGUGGCGUCUCCACCCCCAGACGGUGGAGCGCAUUUGGGAACGGUUCAGGAAGGCGCAGGUCGAUCUGUUCGCUUCAGCGGAGAUGACACAUUGCCCCCUGUGGUACACCCUCCAUCGCUCAGGGGAAAGUCCGGUCGGACAAAGGGUCAGUUCUUCUAGUGGCCCCAAGGUGGCCCAGGAGGAUAUGGUUUGCGACCCUGUGCCAGAUGCUGGACGGCCAGCCUUGGGAGAUCCCGCUUCGCCUGGAUCUCCUCACUCAGGCACAGGGCUCCCUUUGGCACCCGAAUCCGGGCAGGUUCCAGUUGUGGCCCUGGCCCCUGAAAGGGACCGCUGGCUAGCCCUGGGGCUGUCGGACGCGGUUGUGAGCGCUAUGCAGAAUGCUAGGGCAGACUCCACUAGGUCAGUUUAUACUCGCAAGUGGAAGCGUUUUCAAGCUUGGUGUCUGGCUAGGAGCCAUGACCCCGUUGCUUGCCCGAUGCCAGUUAUAUUGCAGUUCCUGCAGGAACUGUUUGAUGCUGGAAGGUCCCCUUCCACGCUGAAAGUGUAUCUGGCAGCUAUAUCUGCUUGUCAUACCCCCGUAGAUUCUAAGUCUCCGGGUGCGCAUUUUUUGGCUACGCGCUUUCUUAAAGGCGCACGGAGAUUACAUCCUCCGAGAAGGACUGUUCUUCCUGAGUGGAGCCUUAACAUUGUACUGGAGGCUCUUACAAAGGCCCCAUUUGAGCCUUUAGACUCCAUAGAACUGAAGUAUCUGUCUAUGAAGACAGCCUUCCUUUUAGCUAACACCUCUGCUAAACGGGUCAGUGAGCUGCAGGCGCUGUCUGUGCAUAGCUCCUGCAUGCGUGUGUGGGAGGAUGGAAGCAUCGUUUCGCUGCGCACCAAUCCUGCUUUCCUCCCCAAGGUGAUUACAGCUUUUCACAUAAACCAAACUGUGGAACUGGAGUCUUUUCACCCGCCUCCGUUUACUUCGCAGGAGGAUGAGAAACUAAAUUUCCUCUGCCCAGUGUGGGCAUUGAGGUUUUAUGUACUUAAGACGAAAGCUUUGCGUAAAUCGAAUCAGCUUUUUGUUUGUUAUGGUACACGGACCUUGGGACAGCCCCUCUCUAAGCAGCGUCUGUCACACUGGAUUGCGGACACGGUGUCGACUGCAUAUGGUGGUGCUGGGUUACCCCCACCUGGUAGAGUAGCUGCGCAUUCGACAAGAGGGUUAGCUACAUCAUGGACCCUUUUUAAGGGCGCUUCGAUUUCUGAGAUUUGUGCUGUGGCUAGCUGGGCUACGCCGCAUACUUUCACCAGAUUCUACCGCAUU